CAAGAAUAUCCACCAAUAAGCGCAGGACCCACCAAAGCAGAGGAGGAACUUUGUCACAACACUUGCACAACUAGGUUGACAUAAUUUGCUUUGCGUCAAACUGACUUUGUAGUGUAGACCAGGCCUAAGCCUUUGAAUUCUUGGGCUAACACAACUAUAGGUAGGAUUCACCACUCUCUGCUAGUUCCCUGGAGAUCCUUUUAAAACACUCAAAAAGAGGUUGUUAACCUCCAUUAGAGUUCUUCUACCUAAAAACUUGGUUACUUUUUUUUAAGUUGUUUGCAUUAUUCCAGUGGUUUGUACAGACACAGCUAACCAAGUGGAACAUGGAGUUUUACCCUGAAAUAGACACGUAGAAACUGGGAACCAAAUGCUACAUUAUUCCUACUGUUUUCUUUUGCUAGGCCAAAAGGUAAUGUUAACAACCACACACUGACUGAUCCCUGGAAUUUCCUCUUCGUCUCCAAUUCCUUGUACACAGUGUUUUUCUGUUGCUUAUUACAUUUUUUGAACACAAGUAACAAGCUCUCUCUUCCACACACACUAUACACUUGGAAGCAAAGUUAAUCAUACUUUAGCACUUAACCUGUAACCUUGCAAGCCUAGCAGUUUUAAUAAAUGGAGCUGUACCUUUAAACCCUGCAAGUUAAACCGGCCAAGUGAGGAGAGCAGUGUAAGGUCCAGCCCCUGAAAGCAGCUUCAGACACCUCUCCCAGCGUCAUUGCAAAGGGACAGGCAGCACUGACAGUGCUCUGGCGAGAGUUCUAUCAACAUGGCAAAGCACAUGACCCUCUCUUUCCUCCUUGUUCUCACUAUGGCAAGCUCAUCCUUUGCCCGUCGAAAGCUUUUAGUGUUUCUGAUCGAUGGCUUUCGUUACGAUUACAUCAAUGACAAUGAACUGGAGUCCCUGCCUGGCUUUAAAGAGAUUGUGGACAGGGGAGUGAAAGUGGAUUACAUGACCCCAGACUUUCCCAGCCUUUCCUAUCCAAAUUAUUACACACUGAUGACUGGUCGCCACUGUGAAGUUCAUCAGAUGACUGGAAACUACAUGUGGGACCCAAGUACAAAUACAUCUUUUGACAUUGGUGUGAAUAAAGAGAGCCUGUUACCUCUUUGGUGGAAUGGAUCGGAGCCUUUGUGGGUCACCAUGAUUAAAGCAAAGAAGAAAGUUAAUAUGUAUUACUGGCCUGGCUGCGAGGUUGAAAUCCUUGGUGUCAGACCUAGUUUUUGUCGACCAUAUUUCAGUGUCCCAACAGACUCCAAUUUCUCUGAUGCUGUCAGUGAUGCUCUGGAGUCAUUGAGAAAUGGCAGUGCAGAAAUGGCAGCAGUGUAUUAUGAACGCAUUGAUGUGGAAGGCCACCAUUUUGGUCCUUCAUCUGUUCAGAGGAAGAAUGCUUUGAGGGCACUGGACAAAGUAUUGAACAACAUGACCAAACUAAUCAAGGACAAGGGCCUUCAGAAUGACCUGAAUGUCAUUUUUUUCUCGGAUCAUGGGAUGACUGACAUUUCCUGGUUGGACAAAGUGAUUGAGUUGAAGAACUAUAUAAAUAUGACUGAUAUUAUCCAAAUAAAGGACCGAGGCCCUGUUGUGAGCCUGUGGCCAACUAAGGAGAAGCAGACUGAGGUGCAUAAUAAACUGAAAGCUGUGCAACACAUGAAUGUUUAUAGCAUAGAGGAAAUUCCAGACAGAUUCUAUUACAAAAAAGGGAAAUUUGUGUCUCCUUUAACUCUUGUGGCUGAGGAAGGAUGGUUCAUAGCAGAGAGUAAAGAGAAACUUCCAUUUUGGGAGAAUGGCACAGGGACAAAGAAGGCCUGGCAGAAUGGGUGGCAUGGCUAUGACAAUGAGCUCAUGAAUAUGAGGGGAUUCUUCCUCGCAUAUGGGCCAGAUUUCAAAUCUAACUUCAAGGCGCCUCCAAUCAGAUCGGUCGAUGUUUACAACAUCAUGUGCAAUAUUGCAGGAAUAAAGCCACUAUCGAACAAUGGAUCCUGGUCCAGAGUGGAGUGUAUGCUAAAAAAUAAUGCCAGUUUGGCACAGUUAUUCCAGUGGAGCAGCUGUGUGCUGGCAUUAAUUCUACUUUUAUUGUUUGUAUAACAGAUCUCGUUACUCUGGCCCCAAAACAAUAUUGGUCACUGUGACCAGUAACUUGAUUUUUGUUUGUUAGUUUAGAAUUCUUUAUCUGAAUAAUGGCUUCAGUAACAGAAUACUGUCUGGGUAAAUUGCACCUAUUCACCCAAAUUCAUCCCUCAAGUUACAAAGGGGAUAAAUCACUGUGGUUAUAACAAAUGCAAAGCCAAAUAUUGCUUUCAUUUACACUGUUGUAAAUAUAUACAGCAGUGUCAAUGACAGCAGAAUGUAGCCCAUUGUGAGAGUGAGUGAGAUACUCCAGGAGAUAGAGAAUGAAUUCCCUCUCAUACUACCAUAUCUAACUACGGAGACGCUUUCACCUCUGCUUAGUUAGGGGCUCAAGACUGGAUAUAGUCCUUUGUAAUUUUACCAGAUUGUUUUAUUCUGGAUUAUUUUUUUUUCUCUGCUACAGCCCUGCCCUCUUCUCACAAAGCAGUUACAUGCAUAGUGUACACUGCCCCAUUGCUGUAAACAGGAAAAAAACAGCCUCUCUCCACUAAGCUACAAUAAACACAACCCUAAGAAAAAGUAGGAAUGGGAGCAUUCAAGAACCAUAGAAUCCUUCUUUCCCCACACUUUGUCUUUCCUUCUCUCUUAAGAGCAUCAGCCCCCUCAGUACUCCAUUAGCUCAUAGAACAUAGAAACCUAGGGUUAGAAGGGACCACAAGGGUCAUCCAAGUCUAACCCUCUGCCAAGAUGCAGGAUUAGUUGUUCUCAACCGUCGAAUAUAGAGGCCAUUCCUGUACCCAUUCAAGUCAGAAGAGUUUUACCAUGGACUUGAAUGAGUUUGAGAGGAAGCGGAGAGUGAGGGUUCCAUAAUGAGGCCAAACCUGAACUCAGGUCAUCCAUGUGGCAGUUUAUUAGAACAGCCCAUUGGUGAUUUUUAAAUUUAACGUACCACCUGCCUAUAUAGAGGGCACCAUUUAUUUCACAAUUCUAAGGCCACCAAAUUUGCUACCAUAUUUUUACCUCGGAAUCUAAGAUUCAUUAGGAAAAAAAACAAAACCAGAACAUUUUUAGCCUUUAAGCUUGAGAAUAAAACCUUGAAAAUGUGAAUCAAGUGUCUACUGAUACAGUAGCUCUGGGAGAUAUGAACUGUCUUGUUCUUCUUACUAGGACAUUGACUCUGAAACCAAAAGAUGACAGUUUAAAUAUUAACUAUUUCACUACUGAUCAUUUUAGGAGAAAAAUGCAGGCAAAUAUGUUUUAGUCCCAAAAGGCCACACUGUGGCAAAAGCCCCAACUGUCCCAGCUGCCAAAACUUCCAGCCUCCCCACAAGUUCUGUGAUUCCAGCAUGCACUGUCAAUGCAAAAACCUCCAUGGAUGUUGACAACUGAAAUCAGAGAGAUGACAGAAAAUAAACUGCAUUUCAUAUCAGAAUAAACAAAACGGGGACUAUUCUGGUAAUUGCAAUCUUCAUUUUCUGCUUAAUUCAUUAAAAACCUCCCAGUUACAUCUAAAUGAAAUGGCCACCAAAUUUCCAGUCUGCUGCAGAAUACAGGGCCUUUCUAAUUGAGGCCCAGUUUACUGAGGUCUCGUCUAUAAAUCUUCAAGGAGAAAACUCAUUUCCAUUUGCCAAAAUUCUACCAGGUUUCUGUCUACCAUAGAAAUGUAAGGCUAGAAGGGACCUCAAGAGGUCAGCUAGGCCAUCCCUCCCAUGCUGAGGCACUCAAAAUCUGAAAUUAUUUCAAUGGCAAUUAGCUCUGAUGACGUGUCACUGUCAAAAUGUCUAGAAACUUAUUCUGCACUGAGCAGUGGGGUAUCUGAAUAGCUGUAUGACUAACAGGAAGGCCUGGCCCUUCUAACUCCAUGGAAUGGUAUUUGUACUACUCAAUCACAUGCACUCAACAAAGAAGGCGAAAGAGAAAGAUAGAACCACAAUAAAUUCAAAGUGCAUAAGUGAAGAAAUGAGGUGUAACCAUGCUGCAGAGGGCCUUAGCUAUAACUCAAAAUAUGCCAGUGACAAGUAUAAUAAAACAGUUUGUAACACAACUGGCCUCUUCUCUGUGCCUUUCCGGAUGAAGUAGCGAAACAUAACACCACAUGCUCUCGGUGGUCCAAUACAUCAGCUGAACUCUUGAGAGUUUUCAGCAUCUAUUGCUUUUCUACCAGCAGCAUCAGGGAAGAGCAUGGUUUUAAGAGAUUCCAAUUCAAGCAAUGGAGCAUGCAAUAUACGUGGCUCUUUUCCCUUCAGAAGCUGAUUUCUGCAGCAGGGAGACAUGUUUAUACUGGUGGACUUUCAAAAGACUUUUUAUCCUUUAACCAGUGCUACAGUAGUGAGAGGAGGAGCUCACAGGAGAUAUCCAGGUUUGACAUUCAAAGCCAUUUCUCAUACAAAAAGGAUGACAGGAUGAGGACCAAAAAUUAUACGGAAUGAAUAUUUCAUCACAGGGACUUCAAACCCAGUCCUAAAUUGUAUUGGUAAAGUUAGAUAGGGAUAGACUCUUGCAGUGUCGUAUCUACACUGGAGCUGAAAGGCGUAAUUUCCAGUUUGGGUAGAUAUGACUGAUAGAUAUACCAUGCCAAAAAUAGUCGUGGCUACAUGGGCAGUGGGAUGGGCUAGCUGAGUGCAUACUUAGGGUCUCAGAUAGGAUUGAAUUCAGAACAGAUAGCCCAUCCUCCUGCCCCUGUAGUCGCAGUAUGCUACUAGUUUUAGCACUCUAGGUUGAUCAGAGCCAGCAGGGUAUGACAAUCCCAGAUGGAAAUUACACCUUCAGCUAGAGUGCAGACAUACCCUGGAUGGUAAUCCAUCUCAGAGGUUAAAGUCCCAAGAUUAAGGUAAACCUGAACAAAAACAGGGAGGCAGAGAUAGCAAAUCCCAACUAAGAACCUGAUUAUGUCAAUUUUACAUUGAAACUAUAUCUCUAGAUUUAGGUUCUAGUCAACAUAAAAUGGUAGAAUCUGGCCUCAACCAAUAGCUAUUUUAUUUAUUUCAGAAGAUUAAUUUUGCUUAGUUGUUAAAACAUUUUGCUGCUGUACUGCUUGAUGUUAAAUAUGGGGUUGAAAGAUGUUAAAUAAUAAUGUACAUGCAUUUUAAAAUGUUAGUAAUAAGAGAUUUACACAUCUUUACAUAAUUUUAUUUUUUAAAUGUUUUCACUGUAAAAAAACCCACCACAUCUAGAAAAGAGACAUUUAGGGUUUGGUCCUGCAAGGACCCCAAGAACCCUUAACUCCUCGCAAUGCUGAUGGGAGUAGAGGGCACUCACCUUUACCUCAAAGGAGGGGCUCAGCACAUUGGCAGAAUGAACUCCUGUGGAAAGAUUAGGGUCCUUCCUGGAUAAAAUAAACCUCUAAAAAUUAAUGAGCAUACAAACCCAGAGUAAAGCACAUUUUGGGUUGGUUUGGUACAGUUAAUUUAAGGAUAAAUGAUUACAGCAUGAAAAAAAAUCAAAUUAAACUUGACAAAAGACUUCUGUAAUAGCGGUAAAGAUUUAUGUAAUGUAUUUUUAAAGGUCAAGUGAACCAUCAAAUCAAUUGGGGGGGAAAAGAAAGAAAAUCAGCCUUUGUUAUCAGGCUGUUGAGUAUAAAAGGCAAUUUAGGGCUUUCUAAGCAUUUGCAGUGGCUGUGAAAGAAGCAUCUAUUGUUCAAAGUUCCCCGUUGCUCUUUAAUGGACCAGGCUUAAUGAAUUCAUUGGAGCACAUUUUUUUUAAAAGUGAGAGAAUUAUCGGUAUAAAAGAUAACCAAAUGACUAAAUUACAAAGUUUUGUUUGAAAAGCAAUAGGAUACAUAAAACACACACUAAUCCCUUGCCAUUCUGGAGUCUUAAAUUCUAUAAUAAAAAGGUUUCAAUAUUCUCUUACAGAGAAAAAAAGAGCUUAAAAGCGGCACAGGGCCAGAUUCUGAUGUCAAUUACACUGGUGUAAAUCAGAAAUAACUGUUCAAUUGAGUUAUUCCACAUUUAGAUCAGUAAAUGAGAUCAACAUUGCCUCACUACUGCAUGUGGGGAACAAUUAGAAAAGCAAAUGUCCAUAUUCAAAAAUUCUGAGCGUUUGCAAAUAUUGCAAAGUACAUUUUCAAAAUGUAUGAGAAUCUCAUGGGGUUUAGGGAAAACAUCCUAUGAUAAAGCACUUCAAAAUGUGUUCAAUCUGUGAAAAGGAAAUUCUGUAAUAGAUUUACAUCAAGUUGGUCAUCUCCAAGAGAACUGAGAAUCGGGUAUGUUUUAGAAGUGCAUCUUGCUUUUUUGGUAUUUUUGUACCACUAUAUUGAUUCAUGCUCUGGUUCAAAAAUCAGAGCAUUUUGCCUGUAGCUUCCUUAUCUGUGUAACAAAUAACUGAGGUGAAUGUAUUUUUAAACCUGGAUUCUAAGUGAUGCUUUCCAACAAUGAUUGAUUGUAAAUGGGUGAAUAAUUAUAAGAACACUGCAUGAUUUCUGUUAAAAAUGGUAUACAUUUUUGUAAAUAAUGUAAGAUUUUAAAAAAAAUCCUAGAACACCUUGUCUUUCCUGGUUGAUUGUUAUAUCAAAGUGUAGUCAUGUUGGUCCACUUCUCACUUACAAAAAUAGAGAUACUGCAGUGUAAACAGUGUUUGAAGCUUAUACUGACUAAUCACCAGUGGGAUGAAUGAUAACAUUGUUUAAAAAUGGUAAAGUCCUCAAAAUAUGCAUGUAAAUUAGAUAUUAAAUAAAUUGCAUAAGAUAAUGUGGCUUGCAUGUUGGAUAAUUUUUCCAGGGGUAUUAUAAUAAAGUUAACCUUUU